UGCUGAAAGCUGUAAAGUCCGAUUUGGAUGUGUGAUUCUUUACUUAGGUCUAACGAUGUCUUUGUCAAAUGGCAUCUUAACCUAUUAAUUUAAUUUACAGGUUAAAAAUACACACAUGCAGUAUAAUCUAUAUGUGCUGUAGGUUAUUUUGAAUGCAAUGCUGACUCGCUGACCGCAACUGAGAAUAACUUUACCGUAAAUUCUCAUCUGACUCCGGAAAUCAGGUGAAGAUGAAGGUAAAGUGAAAGAGGAGGACAUAUGGUUGUGCAUUGGGGAAUCAAUGUGCAACGCAGGAAGCGUUUGAUUAGUGUGUUUUUCUCCAUCUGUAGCCUACAUCCUGUCAGCUGGCAGCUGCUCCACAGGGAGCCCACUUUUAUCACUAAGCAAGCCUGUGAGGGGACACUUUAUUUACCUUGUUUGUUUUUUUCCCACAACCACGAUUGGGAGCACAAUUAGAAAAAAAAGAUGAAAAGCUGAAAUCCACAAUUGGGAGAGCCUAGUGAGACUGUGGAUGUGUUGGGAUAAUUUUUUUCAUGUUAAUAUAUUUGAAUUUGUCAUAAUAUGUCAUUUAAUUGUUGUUAUUGUGAUACGAUUUGGCUUAAAGUCCAAAUGUACAUUCAGAUGUUCCGUGCAUUAACCAGGGUGCGCUAUAAAUUAAGCUGGGACAGUGAAAUUAUAUAUCUUACCUUAUGCUGCUCUCUUGUUCUACAAAGGCACUACCGACAAGUCCUUACUGGAAACCAACCAGGUGUGUGUCGCUAUGGCAGGAGGCUGGAGUGUUGCUAUGGCUGGAAGAAAAACAGUAAAGGACAGUGUGAGGCUCAAUGUGACCACGGCUGCAAGCACGGAGAGUGUGUUGGUCCUAAUAAAUGCAAGUGUUUCCCAGGAUACACCGGAAAGACGUGUAAUCAAGAUCUGAAUGAGUGCGGCCUGAAACCUCGUCCCUGUGAGCAUCGCUGCAUGAACACCUAUGGGAGUUACAAGUGCUACUGCCUCAAUGGUUACACCGUAAUGCCUGAUGGAUCUUGUGCAAAUUCCAGGUCAUGCUCUAUCGCUCACUGUCAGUAUGGCUGUGAGGAGGUUCAGGGAGAGAUUCGCUGCCUCUGCCCAUCUGCAGGGCUGCAGCUGGGGCAAGAUGAGAGGACUUGUGUAGAUAUUGAUGAAUGUAUAACUGGGAAGAACCUCUGCCCAUACAACAGACAAUGUGUGAACACCUUUGGCAGCUACUACUGCAAGUGCCAGGACGGCUUUGACCUGAAAUAUGUUGCCGGCAAAUAUGACUGUGUAGACCUUGAUGAGUGCACAGCCGGCACCCACAAGUGCAGCCACCACGCUGACUGUGUGAACACUUAUGGAUCCUACAAGUGCAGGUGCAAGUCUGGCUUCAGAGGCAAUGGCUUUGAAUGCUCUGUCAAGCCGUUUUAUCAGAGGUCGUGGGAUGGAGACAAAGGCAGUGCAGAUGAUUUCCUCAAUGCUAUCCCAGACUCCCAAGUGAGGCCCAGGAUUCUGGGAGGUACGCUGGACAACGAGGACAUCAAAAAUGUUAUCCCCGAACCGGUCGCGACGCCGCCUCCUAAGAUCCGCCAGCAGCCCUUUGACUAUGAUGAAGAGGUCUACGUUGACCCCCAGACAGAGCGGAGACCGGAGGAUGAAUUUCCUGAGGAAGAAGAGCAGCAGGAGGAGGAGGAGGAAGAGGAAGACAACCAGCUCAAUCCAAGAGGAGAUGUUUUCGUAUCAGAGGACUUUGAAUCAGUGUUCGGCCCGGCCACAGAAGUCAAAGAAAUCCAAAUAACACCAGUUCAGGAAGAGUUCAUCAUGGAUUGCAACUUUGAUCAGGGAGCAUGUGAGUGGGUCCAAGACAAGGCUGAUGACAUGGACUGGAGUGUAGCCUACCAUAAUGGUGCUGAGUACUACAUGGCCAUGAGUGGGCUCGUAGGGGGGCCGGAGGAUGUGGCCAAGCUGAAGUUGCUUCUCAGCGACCGGGCCCAGCAGGGCAGCUUCUGCCUCACCUUUGACUACCGUGUGGUGGGACACAAUGUGGGAACUCUCAAGGUGCUGCUGGAUAACAAUGCUUACCCUGUAUGGGAGCAGAGCCAAAGCAGAGACCAGGGCUGGCAGACGGAGCUCCUCACUGUGGCCUGGAAAGAGGAGGCACCACAAUCAAUUAUCUUUGAAGCCCAGCACGGGAGAGAUGUUCAAGGAGAGAUCGGGCUGGACAAUGUUGUGCUGACCUCAGGGCCCUGUCAAGAUGACGCCAGUCCAUUCAUUUAAGAAUCUCCAAUCCCGGAUUAAGAAUUGGAAAAUGUGCUCUAACUGACACAUGUCAAAGAUGCCUGUUUCCUGUCUGCAUUAUGGUCUGGAGUUUCCCAAUGUUUUCACAUGGCUUAGCCACAAGACAUCCACAUAAAGAUACAGAAAUGUGGUCUGAAGGGAAGAUUAUGUACUAUCAGUGCAUGCAUGUUUACUUAUUCACCAUGCUGCUACAUCAAUACAUCCUGCUUCAUUCUCUAUCGUUAUUUUCAAAAUGGUACGAUACAGAUAACUCAGAUCUCAGGAAUAGGUAGAAAUGCUAACUUUGUCCGUUAGUUAGAUGUAACAGUAUUGUACUUAGUCCUUUGUUGUGUAUGUGAUUGCUGAAGUUAACUGGAAAUAAUCCAUGACAUGUAAUGUGAAUUCUUACGUGAAUUUAAUCUUAGAUGAAUACCUUUUUUGAAGGCUGGUUAGUUUAAAUGAUAAAAAAAUAUCAGUGUAUAACUGCUGUAAAUUUUGCUUUCAUAUUAUAUUGUACUAUUACAUUAAAACAGUUUUUUCUAA